AUGGCAGUCAUGAACCUCAACUCAUCCAACACCUCAAGCUUGGACACCACCUCCCCUUAUUCGGGCCGCCUGGGUCUGUGCUGUGCAUUGGGCCUCCCUGGUAACAUAGCUGUCCUGGUGUUCACCCUGCGCUGCUUGUCCUGACGCCCCAACUUUACGCUGUGCCUAAUACUGAACCUGGCGUCCUCCGACAUCUUGUGCCUGGCCUCUGUGCCCGUGUGGAUCUAUACUCUCCUGUACGGCUGGACUCUGGGCCGUGCCACCUGCAAGUUAGCCACCUUCCUACUCUACCUCAGCCUGUACGUUAACGUGCUAACGGUCACUCUACUCGGUGUCCAGCGCUACCUCCAGGUGCUAUACCCGCAGAUUUGGAACCGGCUGGUGCGCAAGGGGAAGGUGGUGUUGCUCCUGGCCUUGUGGGGGCUCGCCUGCGCCCUGACUACUUGCUAUGUGGGUGAUGGCGAGCUCAAGUGCCGGAGACUCAUGGGCUCCGAUGCUGAAAGAGUAGCGGUCCUCAUCUUGGAGACCCUUCUGGGGUUUGUGGUCCCGUUCUCUGAGCUGGUCACGUCCUAUUUGUGCCUCCACCGCUGGGUGAACCAGACGGCGCUGUUCAGCAGCGCAAAGUUGACGCGGCUGGUUACCAAUGUGGUGGUCACCUUCUUUAUCCUCUGGGUCCCUGUGCACAUCAUCAACAUGGUGGACGUUGCCGGUGUGGUGCUGCGGCCUUCCCAGCUAGAGGCGUCGACAGUGCUGCUGCGCCACAGGAGCACGGCAGCAUGUGUCGUCCGGAGCUUCACAUUUGUUAACAGCUGCCUGGACCCCUUCGCCUCGCGGAAGAACUGGGAGCAGCCCAAGAGGUCGUCUGAGAGGGGCGACAGUGGGAAGCAGGCCACAAAGCUCUGA